AUGGCCCUGCACCGCUCGCGCGGCGACCCCGUCGCCGCCGCGUACGCCGACCUCGCCCUGCUCCUCUACUGCCUCAGGGUGUACGAGCGCGCGGGGCCCGGGUCGGCGCGCAGGGGCCGGCUAAAGCUCGCCGUGUGGCUGCUCACCGCCGCGCUCACGCUCCUCUUCUCGUGCAAGGUCGCCGCCGUCGUGCCGCCCGCAGCCGCCGCGCUCGUCUGGGUCGUGGGGCUCGCCACGGUCGCCGGAGGCUUCGCCGAGCUCUUCUGCUUCUAG